AUGGCCAAAGAAUUGUCCAUGACUUCUCGCAGCGGCUCUGACAAUCAACGCAUGUUUCCCCGCCUUUUCCUCCGACUAGUGGCCGGAGUGGUUCCUCUGUCCGCAGACAAAUCCCGGGUCCUUCUGAUUCAGUCUACUCGUCGCAACGGCUGGGUCCUUCCUAAAGGUGGUUGGGAAUUGGACGAGGCUACUGCGUCGGCGGCUGCUUGCCGAGAGGCAUGGGAGGAAGCCGGGAUCAUCUGCAAAGUUGAAAGAGAUUUGGGACACAUUCCUGAUACGAGACCUACGAGUGCCGUCUCCAAGCACGCCCCCAAAGCGAGUUAUCACUUCUUCGAAGCCACCGUCACCGAGGAGAAAUCAGAUUGGCCGGAGAAACACAAAAGGACGAGACAGUGGUACGGUUAUGCUCAGGCGGUUCAACUUCUGCACUCGCGCCCGGAGUUACUGGAAGCAUUGAGACGAAGUUCGGUCAAAAAAUAA